UACGUCUAUAGACACACGUAACCUUAUAAGAUUACAAAAAAAAAGAAUCUUCGUGAAACAAAAGAGAGUUGAAGACAUCUUCUAAACUAUGGAGGAAAGUCGUUACAAGUUGCCCGAACACAAGCAAGGCAUGACCAUUCAAAUGUUGCAACAGCAGCAGCAGCAACCGGCAACCAUCCAACGCAAACCUGUUUUGCUCAACGGUCAAAUUCCGCAAAUGUUCAAUCAUCAAGGGACCAUCAUGGACAACAUCCCGAAGACAGUGCACACUUUAGUCUCUCACGACUCGACUGGCGUUCAUUUUCAAACUCCCCCAGUGAACUCGCAAUCAACAGUUUUGCAAUUUCAGCAGAAGCCACAAGAUGCCGUAAGUACAACUACAGUUUCAAACUUGUGGCUUCUCGUUGAAUGGGAAGCCGACGGCGAAAACAUUUACCAUGUCAUAAACGCUGCUGAACUCAUCGGAAACAAUUCCGGCACAAUUCAAACUGGGAAAAGUGUUUGGUUCAAAAAUGGCAGUGUCAUCAUCCAAGCAACCAUUGUCCUGAUUUCCGACGAUAAAGUUUAUAUCGAUCGCGAACUGAAUGAUUUGCGAAAAAUGGCUGCCCAAAAUCUCGCUGAUAACAAUAAAAAACGAAUUAACGGAAGAAGCACUUCGACUAACGGAAAUUCUCAAAAAGAUAAAACGAUCGUGCCACGAAGUUCGUCGCAAAUUAAACAAGAUGCGAGAACAGGUUUCAGCAAACCCAUGACGUUCGACCAACAGACCCAAACCGAUACACGACUCAGUGUUGGCAAUGGCGCGAACGCCAACAACGAAGAACUCGUACAAAAGAUGAACGAAAUGAUGUCGAAACAGGAACAAACGUCAAAAAUGUUGGAGAAACUCAUGACCCAGGUGUGGUCGUUGUUCGAUCAAACGUCAGCCAACAACCGAACAGUGAACGAUUUACAAACGCAACUCACACGGAUCGAAGGAAACUUGAAAAUGAACACGAGUGAAGCUGACAUUCUCAUUCCGAAGCCCGUGGAAGAGCAAAAAACUGAAUUUAUCUUUUACGACAACCAAAACGAGUCAAACAUGAGCAAAGCGAAUUCUGAAGGGAACUUGGUGAUUGCGGAAUAUGAACAUGGAGCCAAUGGAGAGUUAAUUAAGAGACCUACAAGUCGCGUUUCGUACACGAAUGACGCCACAAAUCAAUCUGCCUUUUCAACGGAUGGCUCGGAGUUCAUUUUAACCGAAUCUCGGGCGAAUUCAACAGUCAUCACUUUAAACACGAGCAAAAAUACGAGAAAAAGCGAUUCAAAGAGACGCUCAAAUAGCAAUUCCAACAUCAGUAUCAUCAUGGAUGACUGGAAAGAUGAAGAAUCCGACGGAAAUGUCUCAAUUGGACCGAAUCGCACCAAAGUUCCGAGUGGCAUUUAUCACGCCAUUGAUUGGGGAUCUUAUAAAGCUGCAACGCGAAAACUUUUGGUCACUUUGUUCCCGAGAGAAGUCUUGGCGACACAUUCUUUAACGGGAAGACCAUCGCCAGCUUUUCACGAUAGAAAUCGUCCCGCCAAAGAUCGUCUCGAUCAGAAAAUCAUCACCGAUAUCGUGUAUUCAGUGACAAAACAUUGUGACGUGCCAGAAUCACUUGUGCGUACAGCGAUUACGACAAAAUGUGCGGACGAAAACAAAAUGAGUCGUCAGCGACAACAAAAGCGGAAGAUAAAAGACGAGCAUGGCGACAGUCCAUUUGGGAAAGUUCCACAUUAUGACAAGGAGAAUUCCAUUUCGAUGAGCAAUAAUUAG